UCGGUGACGCUAAAACACUUCCUGGUUAUUCUUGAGACGCGCGAGUGUGUUUUUUGGUGCAGCUCGUUGUUUAACGACGUUAGCCUCAUGUUUGAUUAAUAUCUUUGUUAUUAAUCUUGCGGUUGGAAACAUUAAACAGAUUCAGUUUUUCUGUUUCCGACCAGACUGCUCUUUUACUGCGCUGAUCGCUGUUUUAUUACAAAAUGACACAAAUGAGUGUCACAGGGACUCAGUCAGAUGUAGUUACUGAAGCUGAAAUCUCUCUGACUGAGCCAUCAGUGGGGCAGAGGGAUGGAUCUCCAGCUGAGACAGACAGCGAUUCUGGGGACAGCCUGUUCAUCACUCAGAAACCUGUACCUGAAGCUGUGAGAUCAGGAAGACGAAGGUCCUCCAGCUUCAGAUCAGACCCUCCAUCCCUCCUUGAUGGAGACGAAAGUGACGAUUCGGCUUCACCUGAAGAGCCCAAGCCUGACAGAAAGAAGAAAGUGAAGAGAAUCAAACUACAAAAGCACAGCUUCUCCUUCCUCAGACAGAGAAGGAUUGGACGCAUAUGCAUUGAAGAACUAAAGAACAAGCAGAACACAUCCCUUCAUAAUGCAGUGAUGGGAGGCUUCUUUAAGUGUGUCAGAGACCUGUGGCAGAGCUACCAAAGAGACGAAGAUCUGGCGUCUUUACCAACAGUUGAUGUCCCGGAGGAAUCCAUCCCUCCAAUAUCAGAAGAAGAAGAAGAAAAGCCAGAAGACGAGGACAUCAAAGUGGUGGAGAAGAAGCAUUUCGUGGUGUCUUUAAAAGCGAAGUGCUCGCAACCCUGGUGCACAUCAAACCAGGGAGCCGGUCAGGAGAAGAAACAGAAAGUGAGGAGAUCAAUGAAGGCUCGACAUAGAACGUCACAGGGAGGACAACGGAAGAUGUUAACACCCAAGUCAAGCGAAAUACUGUCUACAGAUAAAAGCAGCGAUGAGGAGGAAGAGUCUUCUAGUAGAGCUCUGGUAGAGAGUGCUAAACUAGUGACAAGUAACACAAGCGCCACUGAAACACCAAAGACGAAGAAACAAAAAGAAAAUGAGGAUGACAGCGGUGCUUCAGUAUGUGCACUAAGUCCAAAUGGUCCAGAAGCAUCCACAGCUGUAGCAGAGCCUCAGGAAGAUGUUUUCCUCACAGAUGAUCUACCCCAGACACAGCAGGCAGCGUGUGAACCUGAGGGCCAAAAUCUCCUGCAGACUGAUGCUAACAGUGACACAGUGGGCAGUGAAAGUAGAGUAAAGAAGAAGAAGAUAAAAGGCAGAAGACGUCAUGCAGAUGUAGAAGAAGAAAAGGGCCGGAGUCAGCAUGAUGGGAGAGCUACUGAGGUGGAGGAGACUCCCAGUGUGUCACAGACCAUCGCUGAGCUGGAGAUUCAUGAGAUCAACUCUGUGGAGAGCCUGUCACAGGAUGAUAACAUAAUCACAGUGGAGGAGAGGGACGUUCUUGAUGCAAAAAACAAGAAGAAGAAGAAAAGGAAGCUAGCAGCAGAAGAUGUGAGAGAGGAAGAGGAUGGACACUUAGAAUCAGAUGUGGAGAAAGGUGGCAAAGAGCAGAAGAAAAAGAAGAAACGAAACAAGGAUGAUGAGCUGUUAAAAUCCAAUCUCCAAUCUGAACCUCUAAAUGAUGUGGCAGAGACGCCGAAGAAAAAGAAAAAAGACCUGACUUCAGAGCCAGUGGAACAGUUACAAGAAGUGGAAGAUUGUUUGGAAGAAGCUUCUCAGGAAACGGGAGAAUCCAGUUAUGUUGAAGGAAAAAGGCACAAAAAGAAGCAAAAGGGAUCUUCUAGUGAUCACACUGGAGGAGACGAUUGCAUAGAUGUGAGCUUUUCUGAUGAGGUUUUAACAGGAGUGUCAGUUAAAAAGAAGAAGAAGAAGAAGAAGAACACAGAGGAGGGUGAAAAUGUGGAUAACGCUCAGAAUACAACAGAGGGCGGUGAAGACCAAGACGCUGAACUGUUAGGGGUAUUAAGCGAAGACACUGUGACACAAAGCGGUGAUUCUGUGUCUGUGCGGAAAAGGAAAAAGAAGAGGACCAGUUCCUUCCUUGUUGCUGAUGCAGAGGAAAACGCUGCUCAGACACACGAGGAAACGCCAUCUUCUGAUGCUUACAGCUGGCCUGCAGACAAACCAGCCGGUGAAUCAGCAGAAACCAGUGGAAGCUUGGAGAAAGCUGAUGAUGGGGUCAGGAAGAAGAAAAAGAAGAGGAAGAAGGUGUCAGCAGAAGAGGACAAGGCGGAAAAAGAUUUUGAGGAACCAGACAGAACGUGUCAGACAGCUGUAGCAGAAACUGGGUACAAGAGAAAGAAGAAACGUAGACGAGACGACAGCGAGUCGGUGACCUCCGCGGAAACAGUGGAAAGAGCAUCUGACUCUCACGCUGCAAAAGAGAAAAAGAAGAAGAAGAAAGAUACACGAGAGAUUCCCUCAGCUCCUACUGAAAUUAAUGAAUUAGAAGAAUAUACACCGAAUAUCUGUGUCCGACUUUCACACAAGAAAAAAGGCUCAACUGUGACUGCAAAAGGAAUCAAUGAAACGUAAUGAUAGCAGGGCAGCUAAUGAUGAGGCAACACCGAAAGCUCUGGCUAAACAGGCCUCCCCAUCCUCAGAGACACCAGAAAAUCAGGCAGGAAAUGAUGUGAGAGGCAAGAAAAAGAAGAAAAACGUAAAAGCACCUGAAAUGUUUUGCUUGAAGUGAAAUUAUUUACAGAAAUUGAUGAAAUGGAGGCUCCUAAACCGAAAAAGAAAGACCAAACACGGCCAGCAGCUGAGUCCAGUUUAAGCUCUGUGUUUUCAGACUCUUCUCUCUGUCAGAGUGAAACGUCCUCUUCACACAGUGGCAGGAAAAACAAGCACAACAAAGCAAAGCAGACAUUUUAAUCAAAAAGAGGACUUUGUAACAGAUGGUUAGUCUAAAGCAUCUGAGGUUUAGGAUGACAUGAUGGAGAAUGUUUAUAUACCAACAGUGUUACAAGUAAAAUAUGAUUUUUUAAAUGUAUGUUUUGCAUCAAAGCAUUUUUACUGUCAUUGAUGUCAGUUUUUUUUUAAAAUUGUGUUUAGACAAACAUAUGUUUUAUUGAUAUGUUCAAAAUAAAAGUGCCUGGAUAUGAAAAUCACAAUUUUUAGAAGUAAAAAAAUAUAGCCAUAAGUUAAAUGAAAGUUACACUGAGUGCUUUUGAUCACUUUGUUAAUAAAUUAUUUUAACCUUU